CUUCCAAGAGCACAAAGAAGGGAACAGAACCGGAUUCUACCAUGUUCAAAAAGGGCCGUCAAGCAGACCCUGAAAGCAGCACAGAGAGCUCGAGUUCAGAAGAGGAAGAAACAACACCUGUUAAAGGUACAGCCUUUAUCUCCAACCAUCUAACUAACUGUAGUGUCAGACAUACAGUAUAGGAGACUAAAUCCAAAGUAAACAACAACCAUUAAUUUAGUACAUUGCUCCACAACAAUCUUAUGUGCUUUAACUCUGAGGAUCAUGUAUGUCAUGUUGUCACUUGAAUUUUCCCACAUUUUGUUACGUUACAGCCUUAUUCUAAAAUUGAUUAAAUUGUUUUUUUCCCUCAUCAAUCUACACACAAUACCCUAUAAUGACAAAGCAAAAACAGGUUUUUAGAAAUGUUUGCAAAUGUAUUACAAAUAAAAAAAAGUAUCACAUUUACAUAAGCAUUCAGACCCUUUACUCAGUACUUUGUUGAAGCACCUUUGGCACCGAUUACAGACUUGAGUCUUCUUAGGUAUGACGCUACAAGAUUGGCACACCUGUAUUUGGGGAGUUUCUCCCAUUCUUCUCUUCAGAUGCUCUCAAGAUCGGUCAGGUUGGAUGGGGAGCGUCGAUGCACAGCAAUUUUCAGGUCUCUCCAGAGAUGUUCAAUCGGGUUCAAGUCCGGACUCUGGCUGGGUAACUCAAGGACAUUCAGAGACUUGUCCCGAAGCCACUCCUGCGUUGUCUUGGCUGUGUGCUUAGGGUCGUUGUCCUGUUGGAAGGUGAACCGUCGGCCCAGUCUGCAGUCCUGAGCACUCUGGAGCAGGUUUUCAUCAAGGAUUUCCAUGUACUUUGCUCCGUUCAUCUUUCCCUCGAUCCUAAUAAUAAUAUGCCAUUUAGCAGACGCUUUUAUCCAAAGCGACUUACAGUCAUGUGCGCAUACAUUUUUACGUAUGGGUGGUCCCGGGGAUCGAACCCACUACCCUGGCGUUACAACUGCCAUGCUCUACCAAUUGAGCUACAGAGGACCACAAUCCGGACUAGUCUCCCAGUCCCUGCCGCUGAAAAAUAUCCCCACACCAUGAUGCUGCCACCACCAUGCUUCACCGUAGGGAUGGUGCCAGGUUUCCUCCAGAUGUGACGCUUGGCAUUCAGGCCAAUGAGUUCAAUGUUGGUUUGAUCAGACCAGAGAAUCUUGUUUCUCAUGGUCAGAGUCCUUUAGGUGCCUUUUGGCAAACUUCAAGCGGGCUGUCAUGUGCCUUUUACUAAGGAGUGGCUUCCAUCUGGCCACUACCAUAAAGGCCUGAUUGGUGGAGUGCUGCAGAGAUGAUUGUCCUUCUGGAAGGUUGUCCCAUAUCCACAGAGGAACUCUGGAGCUCUGUCGGAGUGACCAUCGGGUCCUUGGUCACCUCCCUGACCAAGGCCCUUCUCCCCCGAUUGCUCAGUUUGGCCGGGCGGCCAGCUCUAAGAAGAGGGUUCCAAACUUCUUCCAUUUAAGAAUGAUGGAGGCCACUGUGUUCUUGGGGACCUUCAAUGCUGCAGAAAUGUUUUGAUACCCUUCCCAUCUGUGCCUCAACACAAUCCUGUCUCGGAGCUCUACGGACAAUUCCUUCGACCUCAUGGCUUGGUUUUUGCUCUGACAUGCACUGUCAACUGUGAGACCUUAUAUAAACAGGUGUGUGCCUUUCCAAAUCAUGUCAAAUCAAUUGAAUUUACCACAGGUGGACUCCAAUCAAGUUGUAGAAACAUCUCAAGGAUGGAAACAGGAUGCACCUGAGCUCAAUUUCCAGUCUCAUAGCAAAGGGUCUGAAUACUUACGUAAAUAAGCUAUUUCUGUUUUUAAUUUUUAAUACAUUUGCAAACAUUUCUAAAAACCUGUUUUCAUUUGUCAUUAUGGGGUAUUGUGUGUAGUUGCUGAGGAUUUUUAUUUAUUUAAUCCAUUUUAGAAUAAGGCUGUAACGUAACAAAAUGUGGAAAAAGUCAAGGGGUCUGAAUACAUUUUCCGAAUGCACUGUAUGUAUGCCUACAUAGCAUUCACACUGAUAUAGGGGCUAGGACUACUGUAAAUUACAUUAUGGCUGAUGAUGGACAUGCUAAACAUUGUCAAUAAGCAAGAAUACAUUUAUUAUUGAUAAAACCUUAAAAGAGAGAAUAAUUCUAAAUCAAAUUCUAAACAAAACAACUUGUUUUAAAUAUGCUGUCUAAAUACACUUACAGGCACCAUAAUUGCUUCCCGUGGGCAUAUAACAUUAAAACAACGCAGACUAUGGAGGGUUUUAAGCACAUCCAAACUUUUCACAAUAGCUGUACAGUCGUGGUCAAAAGUUUUGAGAAUGACACAAGUAUUGGUCUUCACAAAGUUUGCUGCUUCAGUGUUUUUAGAUAUUUUUGUCAGAUGUUACUAUGGUAUACUGAAGUAUAAUUCCAAGCAUUCCAUAAGUGUCAAAGGCUUUUAUUGACAAUUACAUUAAGUUUAUGCAAAGAGUCAAUAUUUGCAGUGUUGACCCUUCUUUUUCAAGACCUCUGCAAUCCGCCCUGGCAUGCUAUCAAUUAACUUCUGGGCCACAUCCUGACUGAUGGCAGCCCAUUCUUGCAUAAUCAAUGCUUGGAGUUUGUCAGAAUUUGUGGGGUUUUGUUUGUCCACCCGCCUCUUGAGGCUUGACCACAAGUUCUCAAUGGGAUUAAGGUCUGGGGAGUUUCCUGGCCAUGGACCCAAAAUGUCGAUGUUUUGUUCCCCGAGCCACUUAGUUAUCACUUUUGCCUUAUGGCAAGGUGCUCCAUCAUGCUGGAAAAGGCAUUGGUCAUCACCAAACUGUUCUUGGAUGGUUGGGAGAAGUUGCUCUCAGAGGAUGUGUUGGUACCAUUCUUUAUUCAUGGCUGUGUUCUUAGGCAAAAUUGUGAGUGAGCCCACUCCCUUUGCUGAGAAGCAACCCCACACAUGAAUGGUCUCAGGAUGCUUUACUGUUGGCAUGACACAGGCUGAUGGUAGCGCGCACCUUGUCUUCUCCGGACAAGCUUUUUUCAGGAUGCCCCAAACAAUCGGAAAGGGGAUUCAUCAGAGAAAAUGAAGCCCUCCUGUAGCUCAGUUGGAAGAGCAUGGCACUUGCAACGCCAGGGUUGUGGGUUUGAUUACCACGGGGAGCCAGUAUGAAAAAUGUAUGCACUCCUUAACUGUAAGUCGCUCUGGAUAAGAGCGUCUGCUAAAUGACUAAAAAUGUAAAAUGUAAAAUGACUUUACCCCAGUCCUCAGCAGUCCAAUCCCUGUACCUUUUGCAGAAUAUCAGUCUGUCCCUGAUGUUUUUCCUGGAGAGAAGUGGCUUCCUCGCUGCCCUUCUUGACACCAGGCCAUCUUCCAAAAGUCUUUGCCUCACUGUGCGUGCAGAUGCACUCACACCUGCCUGCUGCCAUUCCUGAGCAAGCUCUGCACUGGUGGUGCCCCGAUCCCGCAGCUGAAUCAACUUUACAUUUACGUCAUUUAGCAGACGCUCUUAUCCAGAGCGACUUACAGUUUUUUUAUAGUUUUUUUAUACUGGCCCCCCAUGGGAAUCGAACCCACAACCCUGGCGUUGCAAACACCAUGCUCUAUCAACUGAGCUACAUCCCUGCCGGCCAUUCCCUCCCCUACCCUGGACAACGCUGGGCCAAAUUGUGCGCCGCCCAUGAGUCUCCCGGUCGCAGCCGGCUGCGACAGAGCCUGGAUUCGAACCAGGAUCUCUAGUGACACAGUUAGCACUGCAAUGCAGUGCCUUAGACCACUGCGCCACUCAGGAGCUCACUUUAGGAGACGGUCCUGGUCCUCACUUUAGGAGACGGUCCUGGCACUUGCUGGACUUUCUUGGGCGCCCUAAAGCCUUCUUCACAACAAUUGAACCUCUCUCCUUGAAGUUCUUGAUGAUCCGAUAAAUGGUUGAUUUAGGUGCAAUCUUACUAGCAGCAAUAUCCUCGUCAACACUCUCGCCUGUGUUAACGAGAGAAUCACUGACAUGAUGUCAGCUGGUCCUUUUGUGGUAGGGCUGAAAUGCAGUGGAAAAGUUUUUUUUUAAAUUAAGUUCGUUUUCAUGGCAAAGAGGGACUUUGCAAUUAAUUGCAAUUCAUCUGAUCACUCUUCAUGACAUUCUGGAGUAUAUGCAAAUUGCCAUCAUCAAAACUGAGGCAGCAGACUUUCUGAAAAUUAAUAUUUGUGUCAUUCUCAAAACUUUUGACCACGACUGUACAAAGAUCCAAUGUAAAGAGAAAGGGAGAAAGGCCUAUUUGGGAGCAGUAUAACGGUGAGUGGACAAUGUUUUAUGAACAUAAUCGGAACCAUCUUACAGAUCAGAUCGCAUUCACACAUCUCCAGAAGUUGCAUUGCAUGCACGCACGCCACAGACAUUGUCGCCAUAAAAACAGGAAGGUGAAUAAUUCUAAUAAAUGUGGUUUUAAUCAAAUUGAACGAAAAACAAGCAAUCUGUUUGUUUUUUUCAACAAUAAAUAAAUGUAAGAUGUAGUGAAAUUAUAACAUCAGCAGGAUAAAAAAGACAAUAACUUUUAAAUACAAGGUUCACCGGUAUUCACCGAGGUUCUCAUCUCUCGUUUCAUGGUGGGCAUGGACACGUAGCCUGCAUCACGGAGAGGGUUUUACCUAUGUCCAAAACGGGACCUGCAUGGCUAAAAUAAUGUGGGCCUGCCUACAAUGCAUUGAUAAAAAGGGAAUGUCAGCUCACUGUUUUGCUCCUCUCAAACAUGAUCUUUUAAUAAAGCGUUAGUGAUUACGAUUUAUUUCCAAGUGGUCUCAGGGGCCAAGCCCUUUCUCAACAGUCUUGGCUACUUUGCGUUGGGCAGAAAAAAAAAAAAAAAAAGCCUUAAUUGAGAGGAGUGGGGGCUAUGCUUGGUUUUUAAUGAAAUAAAACGAAAUGGGGAAAAAACAUUUUUUUUUAUGUUUCUAAAUACAAAGUAUAGGCUACAGGCACCAAAAUCACAUUACUCUUGUUCCAUGGGCAUAUGGGCAGUGUGCGUUACUGCUGGAUAGGCUGCAUUUCCGCUGUCAAAAAAAUUCCCUGUCUUAGGUAAGUUAGGAUCACCACUUUAUUUUAAGAAUGUGAAAUGUCAGAAUAAUAGUAGAGAGAAUGAUUUAUUUCAGCUUUUAUUUCAUUCAUCACAUUCCCAAUGGGUCAGAAGUUUACAUACACUCAGUUAAUAUUUGGUAGCAUUGCCUUUAAAUUGUUUAACUUGGGUCAAACAUGUCGGGUAGCCUUCCACAAGCUUCCCACAAUAAGUUGGGUAAAUGUUGGCCCAUUCCUCCUGACAGAGCUGGUGUAACUGAGUCAGGUUUGUAGGCCUCCUUGCUCGCACACGCUUUUUCAGUUCUGCCCACACAUUUUCUAGAGGAUUGAGGUCAGGGCUUUGUGAUGGCCACUCCAAAACCUUGAAUUUGUUGUCCUUAAGCCAUUUUGCCACAACUUUGGAAGUAUGCUUGGGGUCAUUGUCCAUUUGGAAGGCCUAUUUGCGACCAAGCUUUAACUUCCUGACUGAUGUCUUGAAAUGUUGCUUCAAUAUAUCCACAUAAUUUUCCUUCCUCAUGAUGCCAUCUAUUUUGUGAAGUGCACCAGUCCCUCCUGCAGCAAAGCACAUGAUAGCAUGAUGCUGCCACCCCCGUGCUUCACGGUUGGGAUGGUGUUCUUCAGCUUGCAAGCCCCCCCUUUUUCCUCCAAACAUAAUGAUGGUCAUUAUGGCCAAACAGUUCUAUUUUUGUUUCAUCAGACCAGAGGACAUUUCUCCAAAAAGUACGAUCUGUGUCCCCAUGUGCAGUUGCAAACCGUAGUCUGGCUUUUUAUGGCGGUUUUGGAGCAGUGCCUUCUUCCUUGCUGAGCAGCCUUUCAGGUUAUGUCGAUAUAGGACUCGUUUUACUGUGGAUAUAGAUACUUUUGUACCUGUUUCCUCCAGCAUCUUCACAAGGUCCUUUGCUGUUGUUCUGGGAUUGAUUUGCACUUUUCGCACCAAAGUACGUUCAUCUCUAGGAGACAGAACGCGUCUCCUUCCUGAGUGGUAUGACAGCUGCGUGGUCCCAUGGUGUUUAUACUUGCGUUUUUAUACAAAAAAAUAAUAAUCUGAGGUAUUGGCUGAAUUCUUUUGAUUUUCCCAUGAUGUCAAGCAAAGAGGCACUGAGUUUGAAGGUAGGCCUUGAAAUACAUCCACAGGUACACCUCCAAUUGACUCAAAUGAUGUCAAUUAGCCUAUCAGAAGCUUCUAAAGCUAUGACAUCAUUUUCUGGAAUUUUCCAAGCUGUUUAAAGGCACAGUCAACUUAGUGUAUGUAAACUUCUGACCCACUGGAAUUGUGAUACAGUGAAUUAUAAGUGAAAUAAUCUGUCUGUAAACAAUUGUUGGAAAAAUGACUUGUGUCAUGCACAAAGUAGAUGUCCUAACCGACUUGCCAAAACUAUAGUUUGUUAACAAGAAAUGUGUGGAGUGGUUGAAAAACGAGUUUUAAUGACUCCAACCUAAGUGUAUGUAAACUUCCGACUUCAACUGUAUGUGUCAUGUGAAAAAGUAAAUACACCCCCUGGAAAGUUGCUUUUUUUUUACAUAUUUGGACAGAUAGAUAUGUAAUCUUCACUUCAACACUAUUGACAGAUAAAGGUAACCUAAUUUAACAAAUGACACUGAAAGAUUAUACUUUGCAAUAAUUUAUUCAUCAAAAGUCAACAGAAGUGCAAUUCUAUAGUGUGGAGAAAAUAAGUAGACCCCUAGCUUCAAUAGCUUGUGUUGCCCCCUUUGGCUGAAAUAACUUAAUGUAGACGUUUCUUGUAACUGUCUAUCAGUCUCUUACAUUGACUGGGAGGAAUUUUUGCCCACUCUUCUUUACAGUACUGCUUCAAAUGUGUCAUGUUCGAGGGCUUUCUUGUAUGCAAGGCCCACUUCAAGUCCCCCCACAGCAUUUCGAUAGGAUUGAGAUCUGGGCUUUGACUCAGCCAUUCCAUAACCCUCCAUUUACAAUUUUUGAGCCAUUCUGUUGUAGCUUAGCAUUUGUGUUUUUGAUCAUUGUCCUGUUGUAAGACCCAUGUUCGGUUCAGCUUCAGCUUUUUGACAGAUGGCCUCACAUUCUCCUCAAGAAUUCUCUGGUACAAUAUAGCAUUCAUGGUUGACUAUAUGAUGGCAAGUUGGCCAGGCCCUGAGGCAGCAAAGCAGCCCCAAACCAUAAUGCCACCGCCUCCAUGCUUUACAGUUGGUAUGAGGUUCUUCUGUUCAAAGGCAGUGUUUCGUUUUCGACAAACAUGGCGUCUGGCAUUGCGGCCAAACAACUCCACCUUUGACUCAUCUGUCCAGAGCACAUUGUUCCAGUAGUUUUGGUCUUUACCCAGGUGUUGUCUGGCAAACGUCAGUCGUGUCUUGAUAUUCUUUUUUGAGAGCAGAGGCUUCUUCCUUCCUGACCUCCCAUGUAGGCCUAGUUUGUGCAGUCUCUUUCUGACAGUUGACUCAUGCACUUUGACAUUGAUUGUGGCAAGAGAGGCCUGUAGAUCCCUUGAUGUUACCCUGGGGUUCUUAGAGACUUCAAUGAACAUCCUUCGGUCAGCUCUUGGGCUGAAUUUGGUGGGACGACCUGUCCUAGGUAGAUUGCCAGGGGUCUGGAAUUUUCUCAAUUUGUAGAUGAACCGUCGGACAGUGGAAUGAUGUACUUCGAAUUGCUUGGAAAUGGAUUUGUAACCCCUCCCAGACUCAUGGCCAUCAAUAAUCUUUCUUCUGACGGCCUCGGGUAGGUCUUUCAAUCUUGGCAUGAUGUGUUACCACACACCCAUAUAGUUAAGACCAAACCAGACCAAGUUUCUAAUCUUUAUGGAAGGCUGGACCCUACUAAGUUUCUCUCCUAAUGAUUUUCUAAUCAUUUGCACUUGUUUUGGUGCACCUGAUUCUAAUUUUAGCCAUUUUAUGUGAUGGUAAAGGUAGGGGUGUACUAACUAUUUCCGCAUAAGGAAAAGGCAUUUUUGUUUAUUUUAAAUGCAUAACAUUUUCAAAGUAAAAAAUUGUUUGUGUGAUUUGUUAAAUUUGGUUACCUUUAUCAAUUAAUGUGGUGGGAAUUUAGUUCAAAUAUCCAUGUGUCCAAAUAUGUAAAAAUAAAAGACCACUUUCCAGGGGGUGUACUUACUUUUUCACAUGACUGUGUGUGUGUGUGUGUAUGUGUGCGUGUGUGUAUAUAUAUAUAUAUAAUAUAUCGGCCUUGACUAGAAUACAGUAUAUACAUAUGAAGUGGGUAAAACAGCAUGUAAACAUGUUUAAAGUGACCAGUGUUCCAUUUCUAUGUACAUUGGCCUCUAAGGUGCAGGGAUGAGUAACCAGGUGGUAGCUGGCUAGUGACAGUGACUAAAGUUCAGGGAAGGGUACUGGAUGGAGGCCAGCUAGUGGUGACUAUUUAACAGUCUGAUGGCCUUGAGAUAGAAGCUGUUUUUCAGUGUCUCUGUCCUAGCUUUGAUGAACCUGUACUGCCUUCUCCUGGAUGGUAGCGGGGUUAACAGGCCAUGUCUUGGGUGGCUGAGGUCUUGAUGAUCUUCUUGGCCUUCCUGUGACACUGGGUGCUGUAGAUGUCCUGGAGGGCAGGCAGUGUGCUCCCAGUGAUGUGUUGGGCUGACCGUACCACCAUCUGGAGAGCCCUGCAGUUGCAGACGGUGCAGUUGCCGUACCAGGCGGUGAUACAGCCCGACAGGAUGCUCUCAAUGGUGCAUGUGUAAAGGUUUGUGAGGGUCUUAGGGGCCAAGACAAAUUUCUUCAGCCUCCUGAGGUUGAAUAGAUGCUGUUGCGCCUUCUUCACCACACAGUCUGUGUGGGUGGACCAUUUCAGUUUGUCAGUGAUGUGUAUGCCGAGGAACUGAUAUAUACGAGCUGAUAUAAGAGAGGUAAAUUACCAAUCCAACAGUUUGAAAAUAGCAGAGCGCUGGCUUUAACGGGUUGAUAUUGCCAAGAACGUGCUUUUGACACUAGCGCCGUCUUUAAAAAGUCAGUUCCAAUACCAUAUUUACAUGUGCAGGGAUACUGGAGUGAUGGAGGUAGAUAUGUAUAGGAUUAAGGUGACUAGGCAACAGGAUGUAAGAUAAACAGAGUAGCAGCAGCUUGCAUGUGAGUGGGUGUGCAGGUGUGUAGAGUCAGUAUGAACGUAUGUGCAUGUUAUGUGUGAGUGAGAAAAUGAUGGAGUGAGUGUUUGUGUGAGUGUUGGAGUGACAGUGUGUGCGAGUGUGUAGGGCCCUGUGAGUGGUCAUUGAGACAGUGCAAAUACUGAAAUAAAAGGUCAAUAAAGAUACAAGGUGAACUCGGUCCGUGUAGCUAUUUUGUUAGCUAUUUAUCAGUCUUAAUGCUUGGGGAUAGAAGCUGUUCAAGAGCCUGUUGGUGUCAGACUUGAUGCACCGGUACCUCUUGCCGUGCGGCUUGCCGUGCGCCAGCAGAGAAAAUAGUCUAUGGCUUGGGUGGUUGGGUUCUUUGACGAUUUUCCAGGCCUUCUUUUCACACCGCCUGAUAUAGAGGUCCUGGAUGGCAGGGAGCUCGGCCCCUGUGAUGCACUGGGCUGUCCGCACAACCCUCUGUAGUGCCAUGCAAUCGAGGACGGUGCUAUUGCCAUACCAAGCAGUGAUGCAGCCAGUCAAUAUGCUCUCAAUGGUGCAGCUGUAUAACCUUUUCAGGAUUUGAGGGCCCAUGCCAAACUCUUUCAACCUCCUGAGGGGGAAGAGGCACUGUCGCACCUUCUUCACGACUGUGCGAGUCUGUUUGGGACAUUUUAAGUCUUUAGUGAUUUGGACACAGAGGAACUUGAAGCUGUCUACCUGCUCCACUGCCACACUGUGGAUGGGGGUGUGCUCGACCCCAUUUCCUGUAGUCCACGAUCAGCUCCUUGGUCUUGCUGACGUCGAGGGAGAGGUUGUUGCUCUGGCACCACACUGUCAGGUCACUGACCCCCUCCCUGUAGGCUGACUCAUCGUCGCUGGUGAUCAGGCAAACCACCAUCGUGUCGUCAGGGAACUUGAUAAUGCUGUUGGAGUCGUACGUGGCCACACAGUCAUGGGUGAACAAGGAGUACAGGAGGGGACUAAGCACACACCCCUGCGGGGCCCCUGUGCUCCCUGUAGGCUGACUCAUCGUCGCUGGUGAUCAGGCAAACCACCAUCGUGUCGUCAGGGAACUUGAUAAUGCUGUUGGAGUCGUACGUGGCCACACAGUCAUGGGUGAACAAGGAGUACAGGAGGGGACUAAGCACACACCCCUGCGGGGCCCCUGUGUUAAGGGUCAGUGUGGUGGACGUGAUGUUGCCUAACCUCACCACCUGGGGUCGGCCCGUCAGAAAGUCCAGGAUCCAGUUGCUGCAGUUGCAGAUACUGGUGUUGAACGCUGAGCUGUAGUCAAUGAACAGCAUUCUCUUAUAGGUAUUCCUCUUAUCUAGGUGGGGUGAGGGCAGUGUGGAGAGCAAUUGAGAUUGCAUCAUCUAUGGAUCUGUUGGGGCAGUAUGCAAAUUGCAGUGGGUCUGGGGUGGCUGGGAUGGUGGAGUUAAUAUGUUCCAUAACCAGCCUCUCAAAGCACUUCAUGAUUACAGAAGUGAGUGCUACAGGGCGGUAAUCAUUGUGGCAUGAAGUCUUAGAGUUCUUAGGAACAGGGAUGAUUGUGGUCAUCUUAAAACGUGGGGAUUACAGACUGGGACAAGGAUUGUUUGAAAAUUACCGUGAAUAUGCCUGCCAGCUGUUCUGCGCAUGCUCUGAGAACGCUCCCUGGAAAACCGUUGGGGCCCGCGGCCUUGCGGGUGUUGAUCUGAUUAAAGACCCUUCUCACAUCGGCCUCAGAGAGCGAGAUCACCCAGUCCUCUGGGUCGUUAAUGGCCCUCACACCCGGCUCGAUGUUGUUGUCAAAGCGUGCAUAAAAUGCAUUGAGUUUGUCUGGUAGAGAGGCAUCGUUGGACAGAUCACGGUUAGGUCUUCCUUUGUAAUCCGUAAUGAACUGUAGCCCUGCCACAUGUGGCGGAGCCUGUGUAAUAUGAUUCCACCUUAUUCCUAUAUUGUCCUUUUGCUCGUUUGAUGACUCUGCAGAGGUCAUAGCGGGCCUUCUUGUACUUAUUCCUGUCUUCAGCCGUAGCAUCAGGGUGGUCUGCAAUAGCUCUGUGUGCGGUAGCCCUUCUCUUUAGUUUAGCACCAACCUCAGUGUUAAUCCAGGGCUUUUGAUUGGGGAAGCAGCGAACCUUCACCGUGGGUACAACGUCGCCGAUGCAUUUUCUAAUGAGGAGGUGAUUAGCUCGUCGAUGUUCUCGGCGGAGUCUCGAAACAUAUUCCAAUCAGCGCAGCAAAGCAGUUCUGAAACAUACCCUCUGAUUCUGGUGACCAUUUCUCAACGGAGCGAAUCACGGGUACUUCCUGUUUUCAGCUUCUGCUUGUAAACAGGAAGCAAGAGUACGGAGUCAUCAUCUGAUUUGCCAAAUGGCGGACGAGGGAGGGCCUUGUAUGCUUUCUUGUGGGUAGAAUAGCAGUGGUCUAGGACUUUAUUGCCCCUAGUGGUGUUGGAGAAGUGUUGAUUGAAGUUGGGCAUCGCGUGUCUUAGUGACGCCGAAUUAAAAUCGCCGGCAACCAGAAAGGCAGCCUCUGGGUGUAGGGUUUCCUACUUGUUUAUAUCCUUGUACAGUCGUGGUCAAAAGUUUUGAGAAUGACACAUAUUUUCACAAAGUCUGCUGCCUCAGUUUUGAUGAUGGCAAUUUGCAUAUACUCCAGAAUGUCAUGAAGAGUGAUCAGAUGAAUUGCAAUUAAUUGCAAAGUCCCUCUUUGCCAUGAAAAUGAACUUAAUCCCCCAAAAACAUUUCCACUGCAUUUCAGCCCUGCCACAAAAGGACCAGCUGACAUCACGUCAGUAAUUCUCUCGUUAACACAGGCGAGAGUGUUGAUGAGGACAAGGCUGGAGAUCACUCUGUCAUGCUGAUUGAGUUAGAAUAACAGACUGGAAGCUUUAAAAGGUGGGUGCCACUUGAAAUCAUUGUUCUUCCUCUGUUAACCAUGGUUACCUGCAAGGAAACACAUGCCGUCAUCAUUGCUUUGCACAAAAAGGGCUUCACAGGCAAGGAUAUUGCUGCUAGUAAGAUUGCACCUAAAUCAACCAUUUAUCGGAUCAUCAAGAACUUCAAGGAGAGAGGUUCAAUUGUUGUGAAGAAGGCGUUAGGGCACCCAAGAAAGUCCAGCAAAUGCCAGGACCGUCUCCUAAAGUUGAUUCAGCUGCGGGAUCGGGGCACCACCAAUGCAAAGCUUGCUCAGGAAUGGCAGCAGGGAGGUGCGAUUGCAUCUGCACGCACAGUGAGGCGAAGACUUUUGGAGGAUGGCCUGGUGUCAAGAAGGGCAGCAAAGAAGUCACUUCUCUCCAGGAAAAAACAUCAGGGACAGACUGAUAUUCUGCAAAAGGUACAGGGAUUGGACUACUGAGGACUGGGGUAAAGUCAUUUUCUCUGAUGAAUCCCCUUUCCGAUUGUUUGGGGCUUCCGGAAAACACCUUGUCCGGAAAAGACAAGGUGAGCGCUUCCAUCAGUCUUGUGUCAUGCCAACAGUAAAGCAUCCUGAGACCAUUCAUGUGUGGGGUUACUUCUCAGCCAAGGGAGUGGGCUCACUCACAAUUUUGCCUAAGAACACAGCCAUGAAUAAAGAAUGGUACCAACACAUCCUCUGAGAGCAACUUCUCCCAACCAUCCAAGAACAGUUUAGUGUCGACCAAUGCCUUUUCUAGCAUGAUGGAGCACCUUGCCAUAAGGCAAAAGUGAUAACUAAGUGGCUCGGGGAACAAAACAUCGACAUUUUGGGUCCAUGGCCAGGAAACUCCCCAGACCUUAAUCCCAUUGAGAACUUGUGGUCGAUCCUCAAGAGGCGGGUAGACAAACAAAACCCCACAAAUUCUGACAAACUCCAAGCAUUGAUUAUGCAAGAAUGGUCUGCCAUCAGUCAGGAUGUGGCCCAGAAGUUAAUUGACAGCAUGCCAGAGCGGAUUGCAGUGGUCUUGAAAAAGAAGGGUCAACACUGCAAAUAUUGACUCUUUGCAUAAACUUCAUGUAAUUGUCAAUAAAAGCCUUUGACACUCAUGGAAUGCUUGUAAUUAUACUUCAGUAUACCAUAGUAACAUCUGACAAAAAUAUCUCAUAACACUGAAGGAACGAACUUUGUGAAGACCAAUACUUGUGUCAUUCUGAAAACUUUUGACCACGACUGUACAGUUCGUUAAGCGCCACUUUAUUAUUUUUAUUGUCUUGAGGUGGAAUGUAUACAACAGUCACGAUAACAGCUGAAAACUCCCUCGGGAGGUAGAUGGGUCGGCAUUUGACCAUAAGGUAUUCCAAGACUGUUGAACAGUGGGUCGACACUUCCACUGCGCUGGAAUUAGCAAACCAGUUGGAGUUUUUAUACAAAAUUUAUUUCACCUUUAUUUAACCAGGUAAGCCAGUUGAGAACAAGUUCUCAUUUACAACUGAGACCUGGCCAAGAUAAAGCAAAGCAGUGCGAUUAAAAACAACAACACACAGUUACAUGUGGGGUAAAACAAAACAUAAAGUCAAAAAAUACAACAGAAAAUAUAUAUACAGUGUGUGCAAAUGUAGCAAGUUAUGGAGGUAAGACAAUAAAUAGGCUAUAGUGCAAAAUAAUUACAAUUAGUAUUAACACUGGAAUGAUAGAUGUGCAAGAGAUUAUGUGCAAAUAGAGAUACUGGGGUGCAAAUGAGCAAAAUAAAUAACAAUAUAGGGAUGAGGUAGUUGGGUGGGCUAAUUUCAGAUGGGCUGUGUACAGGUGCAGUGAUCGGUAAGGUGCUCUGACAACUGAUGCUUAAAGUUAGUGAGGGAGAUAAGAGUCUCCAGCUUCAGAGAUUUUUGCAAUUCAAUCCAGUCAUUGGCAGCAGAGAACUGGAGGGAAUGGCGGCCAAAGGAGGUGUUGGCUUUGGGGAUGACCAGUGAGAUAUACCUGCUGGAGCGCAUACUACGGUUGGGUGUUGCUAUGGUGACCAAUGAGCUAAGAAGGCAGGGAUUUGCCUAGCAGUGAUUUAUAGAUGGCCUGGAGCCAGUGGGUUUGGCGACUAACAUGUAGUGAGGACCAGCCAACAAGAGCGUACAGGUCAUAGUGGUGGGUAGUGUAUGGGGCUUUGGAGACAAAAUGGAUGGCACUGUGAUAGACUACAUCCAAUUUGCUGAGUAGAGUGUUGGAGGCUAUUUUGUAAAUGACAUCGCCGAAGUCAAGGAUCGGUAGGAUAGUCAGUUUUACGAGGGCAUGUUUGGCAGCAUGAGUGAAGGAGGCUUUGUUGCGAAAUAGGAAGCCGAUUCUAGAUUUAACUUUGGAUUGGAGAUUCUUAAUGUGAGUCUGGAAGGAGAGUUUACAGUCUAACCAGACACCUAGGUAUUUGUAGUUGUCCACAUACUCUAGGUCAGACCCGUCGAGAGUAGUGAUUCUAGUCGGGUGGGCGGGUGCCAGCAGCGUUCGAUUGAAGAGCAUGCAUUUAGUUUUACUAGUGUUUAAGAGCAGUUGGAGGCUACUGAAGCAGUGUUGUGUGGAUAUAUUAUGGCCAUAUUGAUGAAGAGGCAAACCCCUCCCCCCCUUUAUUUCCCCUACUCCACUGUCCUGUCUGCCCGGUGAAUGGAGAAUCCAUCGAGUUGGAUAGCCGUGGGGGGUAUCUUGUCUGAGAGCCAUGUUUCUGAAAAGCAAAGAAUAUUGCAAUUCCGAGAGUCCUAUUGAUAGCAAAUCCGCGAUCGGAGGUCAUCCAUCUUAUUAUCAAGUGACUGUACAUUCGGCAGUAGAAUGGAGGGAAGAGGUGGCCGGUUUUCCCUUCGCCUUAUUCUCACCAAGAUCCCCCUCUCUUGCCUCUGUAACGCCAGCAUUUCCUCUUCGGUAGCCCAAAACUUGGGUUGGAAUUACAGAGAGAGCCCAGGUCAGAUGAGUCGAAGUUGAAGCCGGAUUUGGGAUAAGUAACUUCCGAUCUGAUGUUCCAGAGUUCUUGUCGGUUGUAAGAAAUAAUAGCGUAUACAUUACAUGAAAGUAGACAAAAAUUAAACUGCAAAAUAAUCCCAUGGAUGGAUGGAAGAUCAAUACAUUGAUUGACAGUUGGGUUGAGUGCUUUGUCUUUGUCUUUGUCUUUGUCUAUGUAACAGACAUCCUCCCCGACAAGCAGACCUGUUUCUUAUAUUUUUUUUGUCGUUUUUUGUUGAUUUAAUUCGUGGAUUCUGCUAUUUCAGCCACACCCGUUGCUGAUAGGUGUAUAAAAUCGAGCACACAGCCAUGCAAUCUCCAUAGACAAACAGGGGAAGGGCCUUUCCUGUUUCAGCAUGACAAGGCACCCGUGCACAAAUCGAGGUCCAUACAGAAAUGGUUUGUUGAGAUCGGUGUGGAACAACUUGACUGGCCUGCACAGAGCCCUGACCUCAAACCCAUUGAACACCCUUGGCAUGAAUUGGAACAUGACUGCGAGCCAGGCCUAAUCGCCCAACAUCAGUGGCGGACCUCACUAAUGCUCUUGUGGCUGAAUGGAAGCAAGUCCCCGCAGCAAUGUUCCAACAUCUAGUGGAAAGCCUUCAAAGAAGAGUGGAGGAUGUUAUAGCAGCAAAGGGGGGACCAAAUCCAUAUUAAUGACUUUGGAGUGAGAUGUUCGACGAGCAGGUGUCCACAUACUUUUAGUCAUGUAGUGUAUGAGAAAUCACUAUACAUUUCCUUUUCAAUUAUGUUUUUUUUUUUUUUAUGUUGCACCUCAACUCACGUUGGUUGAGCACCCUCCACUUCUUUCCAAGUUACUAUAGCAAAAAUAAACCCUGGGACUGAUUGCAGUUAAUUACCAGUAGUGUAGUGUAUAUCACUGUGUAGUGCUAAAUAAUCUUCAUAAAUAGUUUUCUGAAUACAUUUAUUCACUGUUGUAUCUGUCUUUACACUGAUUCAGACAACAGCUGCCACUGCUAAAGCUACACCAGUGAAGCAACCAAAACCAAGAUUAACAGCCAAGACGAAAGCCGCUCCUGCUACCCCAGCUAAACCAGUGGUUGCUGCUACUCCAAGCAAGGCACCAGCUAGUAAGGAUUCCAGUGAUUCCAAGCAAACUGCAUGUGGCCCUUAUGUGUGUUCUGCAUUGAUGGUGGUGUGCAUUACAGUAUGAUUGUCUCUUUCCCUUGUAUGUAGCUGCCCCAGCCACACCGAAAGGAAAGAAGGUGACCGCAAAAGACAAGAAAACAACAGCAAUGAAGAAAGCACAGGUACAGAUAACGCUCUUUAAGUUGACUUUUCUCAUCUGUACAUGCUAAUGUUGAACCACAUACUGUUAGCUAGAUAACUCCCCCUAACUUAAUUAUUCUUAACAUCCCUGGUUUCAGGCCUCAUCUCCAUCAGCCAAGAGGAAGAGAUGUGAAGAGAAACCAGGGGACAUGCCCAUUAAGGGCAAGAAGAAGAAGCCUUCCCCUCCACAGGCUGAGACUGUCAUGGUCGCCCUGCCUCAGACCCCCCUGUUCCUCCUCAUACUGGGGGAGACGACUCUGGCUCAGACUCUGACACCGAUCUGGAUGUGGAGAAGUGGAAGAAACUGGCACUGGAACUGUCAGGUGAAAGAGGGGGAGAGGAGAGGAGGGAAAGAGGGGAAAGAGUGAGAGGGAGAGAGGGGAGGAGGGGAGGGAGAGAGGGGAAAGAGAGUGAGAGAGGGGAGGAGGGGAGGGAUAGGGGAGGGAGGGGAGGGAGAGGGGAGGAGGGGAGGGAGAGGAGAGGAGGGAAAGAGGGGAAAGAGUGAGAGAGGAAAGGGAGAGAGGGUAGGAGGGGAGGGAGAGAGGGGAAAGAGAGUGAGGAGAGAGGAGGAGGGGAGGGGAGGGAGAGGGGAGGAGGGGAGGGAGAGGAGAGGAGGGAAGAGGGGAAUGAGUGAGAGAGGAGAGUGAGAGAGGGGAGGGAGAGGAGAGGAGGGAAAUAGGGGAAUUAGUGAGAGAGGAGAGUGAGAGAGGGGAGGAAGGGUGGGAGAGGAAGGAAAGAGGGGAAUGAGUGAGAGAGGAGAGUGAGAGAGGAUAGGAGGGGAGGGAGAGAGGGGAAAGAGAGUGAAAGAGGGGAGGGAGAGAGGGAAGGAGGGGAGGGAAAGAGGGGGGUAGGAGGGGAGGGGAGGGAGAGAGAGGGGAAGGAGGGGAGGGAGAGCUGGGAGGAAGGAGGGGAGAGAGAGAGGGGAUGGAGAGAGGGAGAGACAAGAAGAGAGCAGGAGGAAGAUGAGAGGAUGGAGAAGGUUGUGAGUCAGAGAGUGGGUGAAGGAUUUAAAAUCAUAACAGCCAGAAGACAGACAGCAUCAGCCUUUAAUAACUUCAUUAUAGAAAACUAUGCGUCAAUAUAAACAGAACAGCAUUAUGUAUUUUACAUAAAGUACAGGAGGUGUUGACAGUUCAUCAGCAUGAUGUAUUUUAUAUUAAGUACAGGCGGUGUUGACAGUUCAUCUGCGUGAUGUAUUUUAUAUAAAGUACAGGAGGUAUUGACAGUUCAUCUGCAUGAUGUAUUUUACAUAAAGUACAGGAGGUUUGACAGUUCAUCUGCGUGAUGUUUUUUACAUAAAGUACCGGAGGUGAAUGACAGUUCAUCUGCAUGAUGUAUUUUACAUAAAGUACAGGAGGUGUUGACAGUUCAUCUGCAUGAUGUAUUUAAUAUUAAGUACAGGCGGUGUUGACAGUUCAUCUGCAUGAUGUAUUUUAUAUAAAGUACAGGCGGUGUUGACAGUUCAUCUGCAUGAUAUAUUUUACAUAAAGUACAGGAGGUUUGACAGUUCAUCUGCAUUAUGUAUUUUAUAUAAAGUACAGGAGGUUUGACAGUUCAUCUGCAUGAUGUAUUUUACAUAAAGUAUAGGAGGUCUUCAUAGUAGGUCUCUGUUAGCCAUGUUGUUUAUUUACUGUCUACCUACCUCUGUCCACAGACACUGAUAUCGCCAAAAUGAAUGCCAUCACUGCGCUGAAUGCUCCAUCUGCUCCCACCUCACCUGCCUCUGCAGCAGAGAAAACAAGAGCACCGAGGAAGCCCAGGGCUAAAGCUGCAUCGAAGACACCAAAACCCAAGGCUGACCCUGAAGUGAAAAAGGCUGGUCCUGCUAAAAAGUUCAAAGCUACAGCUGAAAAGAAAGACACGGCUGAGGGGAAUGGGAAGACCAAGACACCAGCAAAAGCCAGUAAAGCCAAAUCUAGUCAAGCGAAGAAGGCAGCACCCCCCACCCCAUCCCCUGAAGGCCAAGCAGAGGAGAUCAACAAUAAUACAGCUGACCUAAGAACUGUAGCAGACAAACAGCCAGCCUCCAUGCCCUCUACCAAAACACCUAAUGGAAAACAGACAGCCAAGAAAGGAAAGAGGAAAAAUGGGAACAUUAGUGAGGCUAAAGCAGAUGAGAAUCCACCAGAACCAAGAAGAAGAAAAAUAAAAAGGAGAUUGUAGAAGAGAAGACGGAACCAGAGAAGAAGAAAAAGGAGAAUGGGGCAGAUAAAGAGAAGGAAACAAAGAAGAAACAGGAGAAGAUGAGCAGGGACGAGACUGAGAAGAAAUCGACAAAAGAAAAGAAGAAGACUAAAGGAAAUGGCGUUAAAACUGACCCACUACCUCCAUCCACCACAGGAACGCCUAAUCCUCCAACAGAGAAGAAGAAAAGUGAGUGACUCUUUCUCUAAAAACCUUGUUUCAGACAGUGAAAUAACUUUAUACUGAAGAUUGUCUGUCUAAUGUGUGUUAAAAACUCUACAGAGAAGAACAAGCUGAAACUCUCAGUGGAGACUGCAGUGCCUGAGACUCCGGUCACCCCCGCCCAAGACUCCAUCACUGUACAGUCACCCACAGAGACCCCUCCUAAA